UUUUUAGGACUGGUACAAUUACUCGCGAAAUUUGAUUCUAUAAUGUUGAACCAUGACAUGCUAGCUCUUAAAAGAAAUUUUUCUGAUCAUUGCUGUGGGAAAACUAUUCAAAAUGAAGUGAUAGAUGUAAUGGCAUCAAAAGUAACAAACAUAAUCAUAUCCAAA